GCUAGCAAAGGCAUCAGGAGAAGGAGGCGGCGGCAAACUGAAGAUCAUUGAAAGCUGGCCAAGUCCUACUAUCUCUUUUCAUCCAGCUUUGUACUUCUUUCUACCUCCUUUGCACCAUGGUUGUUUCAGUGAAACCUUGGCCCCUCAUGAUUGCCGUGACUCUGUGCAUCUUGUUCUGUCUGGGCACCUUAGUCGAUGCCUACCCUCCCAAGCCAGAGAGUCCUGGAGAUGAUGCCUCCCCAGAAGAGAUGGCCAAAUACUUUUCGGCUCUUCGGCAUUACAUCAACUUGGUGACAAGGCAGAGGUAUGGCAAGCGAUCCAGCCCAGAGGCCUUGAUGUCAGAGCUUAUUUUUGGAGACAGUAGUAGCAGCAGCAGCAGCAAUGACCACAACACCAGAUCACGGUACGACGAUUCCUACAUGUGGUGACACUCUUCCUUUGCCACAGCCAAAGCGCCCCGUCUGUCUCUUUUUAAACGUUUCAUUCUUGUUGUGUUGUUUUGCACUUUUUAAAACAAUUAAGUCUUGAUGAGCUGAAGUCUUUUUUAAAGGAGACAUGUCCUCUCCCUACCUUAAUCUUCUGUGAGAUACAGAAGCUUCAAAAUUCUCUUCCUGGGUUUCAUCUCCUCUUCUUCAGAUUACAACAGUACAAUGAAGCCAUGUCUCCUUCCCACAAGCCAGCUGGGGAUGCUGUAAAAGAUCUUUGUGCCUGGGGCAAGGUGGGGUGUUCGUCUCUUUGAUGGUGGCCUAGGUUGUAUUUGUAGUGAUGUCCUUGUUGACUUAUCAGUGAAAGACCCUAUUAUGCCCACUCUCUGGCUCAAUCUUUAUUUUAUACAUCAUUUAUGUAUGUGUGAGUAAGAGUGAAUGUGUAUGUGAAUGUAUGUAUAUUUGAUGAAUUCUCUCUACAUCCACAAUAAAA